AUGGGAAAACGAAUGUGUUACCAUGGUAUUCAGUUGCUAAUUCAUAAAGCGAUAGCGAAAGGAGGCAAAAUGAUUGAAACAGGGAUAUCUCUGUUGAAUUCUGAAAAUACUGUACUUAAAGUUUUAUGCUCCCAGAUACUUGCUUUGAUUACUUCUCACGCACAAAAGUCUUCCUACUACAGGAACAUUGUUUUAACUGAAUGCGCUAACAGACCAUCCUUGUAUGCUUUCUUCAAAGCUAUACAAGAAGAUGAUUGCGCUGACGAGAAUGAGCAUGAAAACCCAAAAGCUGUAAGUCAACCACUUAUUUUGCCGCUUGCUCUUCUCAUCAACGACAUUGUGGAAUCCUAUGACAUGAAGGAUGUAAUGUUUAAACUUGGUUUGCCCGUCUCCAAGUUACAGAAAGAAAUCGAAGCGGAAGCACAGAACGACCGUCUAUACUUGCCACUACUCUUCGUCGUUCAAACCACCCUGCCACAUGUAAAAAUAGAGCAAGAGAGUCCAGCAGCGAUGCAGCUCGCUCUUGAUAAUUUUAUAGGAGAAUAUGGUCGGCUAAACCCGGAUACAGCCGCAAGGUACUAUAACAUUGGAUUAAUUUUAUACACACAGAAGAAUUAUGACGGUGCUUUGACAUGUCAUUACGAAGCACUAGACAUCAGACUAAAGCUUUAUGGGCACAACCAUGCAGAUACCGCCGACAGCUAUUACCAGAUUGGAAGAACCCAACUUGAGAACAAAAAUUGCAAGUUAGCACUGCAAUCGUUCGAGCAAGCACUUGAUAUCCGAGAAAAUCUUCAUGGGAAAAUCCACCCAUACGUUUUCUUCGCUUGUCGUGAUAUCGGAGUGAUAAAGUAUCGCUUGAAAGAGUACGAUUCAGCUCUGCAUUGGCACCAGCAAGCCCUGGAUAUUAGCGUGGCGCUGUAUGGAAAGGAACACGCAUCCUCCGCCACAAGCUACUCUUGGAUUGCAGAUUGUCAGUACCAAAUGCAAGAUUAUGAUUCUGUUUUGGAGUCACAUCAACAGGCAGUUGAUAUCAGACUAAAGCUUUAUGGGUACAACCAUGCAGAUACUGCGGACAGCUAUUAUCAUAUUGGACUUACCCAGUUUGAAAAAAAAAAUUACAAGUCAGCACUGCAAUCGUUCGAGCAAGCACUUGACAUCAGUCAAAAUCUUCAUGGGAAUGUCCACCCAGACGUUUCCUUCGCUUGUAAUCAGAUUGGAGUGACAAAGUAUCGCUUGAAAGAGUACGAUUCAGCUCUGCAUUGGCACCAGCAAGCCCUGGAUAUUAGGGUGGCGCUCUAUGGAAAGGAACACACAACCGCCGCUAAAAGCUACUUCAGCAUUGCAGAAUGUCAGUGCGAAAUGCAAGAUUAUGAUUCUGCUCUGGAGUCAUGUCAAGAGGCACUUGAUAUCAGGUUAAAACUUUUUGGACAGAAGAGCCAAGCUACAAGCGACAGUUAUGACCAACUGGAAUUUAUACAAAGUCUAAAGAACGUUUGCCAAUUAUCUCUCGAAGUACAGAGCAAAUAUUCUUGA